CGGAAAGCUCAUUCCCAGCUGUAGUGGAGCCGAGGAGUCGAUUACAGCAUGAGUCAAACUGAGCUGCCUGAGUCCACUUCGCCAAGCGAGAGCUCGCCGGCCAUGGCGUCCACCACGCCGGCGCCGUACGUCGUCGAGGACUGCGGCCCUAACCUCCAGCUCUUCAGCGACGGCACGGUGAUCCGCUUCGAGGACUACAACAUCCUCCCUCCGCCGGUCUUGCCUCCCGCGCUGUCCACCGUCCAGUGGAAGGACGUCGUCUACGACGCCGGCCGCGGCCUCAAGCUGCGGGUGUACAGGCCACCGGCGGCUACCGUCGCCGGCGAGAAGCUCCCGGUGCUCGUCUACUUCCACGGCGGCGGGUACUUCAUCGGCAGCUUCGAGAUGGAUAACUUCCACGCGUGCUGCCUCCGCCUCGCCCACGAGCUUCCCGCCGUCGUCCUCUCCGCCGACUACCGCCUCGCCCCCGAGCACCGCCUCCCCGCCGCCCACGACGACGCGGCGACCGCCAUGUCCUGGGUGCGCGACCAGGCCGUGGCGAGCGGGGACGCCGCCGACCCAUGGCUCGCGGAGUCGGCGGAUUUCGGCCGGGUGUUCGUCUCCGGCGACUCGGCCGGCGCGGGCAUCGUCCACCACGUCGCCCUCCGCCUCGGGUCGGGCCAGAUCGCCGUCGACCCGGCGCGCGUCGCGGGGUGCGCGCUGCUGUUCCCGUACUUCGGCGGCGAGGAGAGGACGAGGUCGGAGGCGGAGUACCCGCCGGGGCCGUUCCUGACGCUGCCCUUCUCCGACCAGGGGUGGCGCCUCGCGCUGCCGCGGGGCGCCACGAGGGACCACCCGCUGGCCAACCCGUUCGGGCCGGAGAGCCCGGCGAUGGACGCCGUCGCGCUGCCGCCGCUGCUCGUGGUGGUCGCCCAGCUCGACCUGCUGCGCGACCGCGACGUGGACUACGCCGCGAGGCUGAGGGCGAUGGGGAAGCAGGUGGAGAUGGUGGAGUUCGAGGGGCAGCACCACGGGUUCUUCGCCGUCGAGCCGUUAGGCGACGCCGGGAGCGAGCUGGUCCGGGUCGUGAGGCGCUUCGUCUACGGCAACGGCGGUGACGCCGCCGCCGCCGCCGCCGCCGCGUCCAAGUAAAUCCAGCCGACCAGACACCGAUCGCUUUCUGUGGCAUUGCGUCAGCUGCCACGUGACAGCAUGAGACACGCCCCAGUUCCCACCAUGUGAUACACGCCCACGGCCCACCUUGGAAGCCUAUUGGACAUUGGAUUUUAACUAGGCCCACUCAUAUACGACUUGUACCAAACCAAUCUUCUCAAAAAGAAAAGGAAUAAGUUCACUCUUGGUCCCUCUAUUUGUCA